AUGAAGGACUUUAACAAAGAUCUAAAAGAUGGACCUUUCCUUCUUCUGUAUCCGGAUGGCACUGAGGUCAUUACUGUCCCUGGAACACAAAGACCAUUUACACUUGAGGCUUAUAAGGCUGAAGUUGGCAAGCCUUAUCAAAGAAUCAAUGUUUUCAUCUGCUUGAAGAGUGACUUUGAAGAUGUUGGAGAAAACUCAGACUUGUCUGACUCUGACCCAGAGAUUGUUAUUAAAAGGCCCUCUGAGUUUGAUCUUGCUGAUACAUUGCCAUGGGAACUUCAACAUGAAAGCAGUCCUUUACAGAAAGCAGCAGAAUAUGAGAAGGGUGCUGGGGAUCUUGUGCUUGCUAAUGAAGUACAACAGGUCCUGAAAGCUGAAUCAGAGGAGUCUUUGCAUAAUCUUAUUUUGCAAAACAGCACAAUCUUCCAAACUGCUGGAUGCCUCAGAAACGUCAAGCCUUUUGAGAAACAAGCAUUUGUGGAGGAGUACCUCAGAUGGUACAUCCUUGAAAGAAACCAAAGUGUCAUUCAACGAUUUAAAGAUGGACUGGAAAGUCUGAAUUUUUUAAGUGCACUGCAACAAAAUUCCAGUGUGCUUUACAUCAGUGCAUCUGACUCUUUGCUUUGCAUUUGGGGAUGCAAGGCUUGGAUGCAGCUUUUUCCUUUGUAUGUUUUUUUUUCUAGUUUCUCUGAGCAAUGUAUGUUCUGACCUUGGGAAGAGAUGCACGCCUAGGAAGAUUGGCAUGUUAAGUGUAUUCCAUUCAUGAGCACUCCUUCUCAC